UACACCUCACUUGGGUUUUGUUUUGUUUUGUUUGUUAGUAUCUGGAGUUGGAGAAGAGGUAGAGCGUGCAUGGGGAGUUGCACCUUGGGAAUGGAAGAUGAACACAUUUCUCUGAAUGUGUAUACGUGUAAAAUGCCGAGUUUUGUCAGCAGAUAUGACGAAGAGACAGUCUGCAAUCCUUCAGAAAUGCUUGAUAAAGUUGAGACAUCAGGCACAGAUUUCAUUCAAGAUGUCAGGGAAACAAAGAUCCAAACAGCAGACGGUGACGGGAUUUUGGAGACGCACACACACAGGGUUACGAGAACGGGUAGUAAAGAAAAUGUUGAGGGAUACAGUUUCAGAAAACCGACUGCAGUGGGUAUUUUGAGGAGGAAUUUCGGGACGACGAGAUCCCCUACGAAUUUCAAAAACAAUUCAGCAGAUGACCAAAAACACCCAGAGGAUGCCAUGGUAGAAAUAGUUUUAAAUGAACGAAUUGAUCAUGUGGACCUUGAAAAGACAAGUGGCAGUGAAACGAAUGUGAAAGAGCAAAUCGCAGAUCACACAGAGGGAUUAACGUCAUCCGAUUUGAAUGAAGUUGAUGUAACAUAUUCUGACGAUAUUUGUGAAAGUAGCAGGGCUGACGACGAUGUCGUACAGUUAAAGGAACAUGUUUACUGUACUGUAUACUGUAUUGCAAACGAUAACUACAGGAAACCAGCUGACAAUACCGGAGAACACCAAUAUAAUGGGGCGAUAACUCCGUCAACAUCAAACGUCAUUACAAAGCCAUCCACAGAUUUGCUGCAGCAGAGCAAUCUGGAAAUGGGCCACCACACCAUUUCCGAUCCAUAUACCCUACCGAACCUGGUUGAUCCUAGAACUCUGAGCAACUUUUACAACGGGGAUUACAAUGAAUCAGUUGUUUUGGCAUGUCGCAUCUGUCUGGACGACACACACAUAAAGCCGUUACUUUGUUGCAAGAAGGCUGUCUGUGAGGAAUGCCUGAAAAUAUACAUCAUUUCACAGGUCAGGGUGGGCAGAGCGGACAUCGUGUGCCCCAUCACAGAGUGCAGUGGUUACCUGGAGGAGAGCCUGGUGAUGUCCCACCUGGGCAGUGAGGAAGUGGCCAAAUACAAAUACUUCCUGGAGCUGAGCCAGAUUGACUCUAGCACCAAACCCUGUCCCCAGUGCAGCCAGUUCACCUCGCUGAAAGGACACACCCCCAGCAGGGCAGAGCACAAAUACAAGAUCCAGUGCACAAAGUGCCAGUUUGUGUGGUGCUUCAAAUGCCACGCCCCCUGGCACGAGGGCCUGAAGUGCCGGGACUACAGGAAAGGGGACAAGCUGCUGCGUCAUUGGGCCAGCAUCAUCGAGCACGGCCAGAGGAACGCCCAGAAGUGCCCCCACUGCAAGAUCCACAUUCAGAGGACGGAGGGCUGCGAUCACAUGAACUGCACCCAGUGCAGCACCAACUUCUGCUACCGCUGUGGGGAGAAGUACCGCCACUUGCGAUUCUUCGGGGAUCACACAUCCAACCUCAGCGUGUUCGGCUGCAAGUACCGCUACCUUCCCGAGAAGCCCCACCUCCGCCGGCUGGUCCGGGGGUCUGUGUGUGCGAGUAAAGUGGUGGUGGCCCCUGUUGUCAUAGUCCUGGUGGUGGUUGUCGGAGCAGUAUCCAUGGUCAUAGGACUCGUGGCUUUUCCUAUCUUCUACAUCUGUAAGAAGAGACGGCAGCGCACCCAGGGUACUGGCCGUUGGCACUGAGCUGAGCACCAUGGCAGUGUGGUCAGGACCCUGCUCCAGAUACGAAGCCCAG